AUGUGGAUCGGGAACCUGAUUAUAACUCAGUCGCUGGUACAAUGUCGUCGUGCCGGUCCAGUGGGGCAGCGCGUCCUGGUAGCAGCGGCGCUGUUGAAGGAGGUACUUCCCGGUACCUCUAACGACAGACGUCUGAAAACUAGAGGCGUCUGUGAGACCUGGCCAGUACCACCCGAUGACUGCGCGUGCAGGCCAUUCGAGGAGCCAGGUGCGGAACCGUCCGGCAGUGGACGCUCAGCCGCAGAUUCCAGCGAAGCAACGUAUUUCUCUCUGUUAGCACAAUGGAGGCUGGGUAUUAUUUCAGCUCGUGUCGCGAGGAAGGCGGAGGAGGCGAUAGCGUCUGCGUAG